CGGCCGCUGCGAUGAAGCGCACCCGUGACGCUGUGCGUGCUGCAGUCGUGUGUUUGUUUCCACCGCCUUCAGUAGCCCCAUCAUGGAGACUAAACCGGUUAUCACCUGCCUCAAGACCCUCCUCAUCGUCUAUUCCUUCGUAUUUUGGAUCACCGGCGCUAUCCUACUGGCAGUAGGAGUAUGGGGCAAAUUGAUGCUGGGCCCGUACAUCUCACUCAUCGCCGACAACUCCACCAACGCUCCCUACGUGCUCAUUGGAACCGGAACCGUCAUCGUGGUUUUUGGCUUAUUCGGAUGUUUCGCCACAUGCCGAGGGAGUCCAUGGAUGCUGAAGCUGUAUGUCAUGUUUCUCUCGCUGGUCUUCCUUGCUGAAUUGGUGGCCGGGAUUAGCGGAUUUGUCUUUCGCCACGAGAUCAAGGGAACCUUCCAUAGGACAUACACCGACGCCGUCCUCAACUAUAACGCUGAGGACGAAGCGAGCCGCGCUGUUGACAACCUGCAGCACAAACUGCGCUGCUGCGGCGUGUACAACUACACGAGUUGGUUUGGCAGCGUGUAUUAUCCAUCCAACGGCAUUCCCGGCAGCUGCUGCGUGAACUCCUUGGACUGCAACCCGGACGACCUCCGCAACGCAACUGUGGCCCCCAGCAAAGUUUAUCACCAGGGCUGCUACGAGCUGGUCACUUCUUUCAUGGAAACCAACAUGGCCAUCAUUGCAGGCGUCACCUUUGGAAUCGCUUUCUCACAGCUUAUCGGCAUGCUGCUGGCCUGCUGUCUGUCCAGGAUCAUCACAGCCAACCAGUAUGAGAUGGUGUAGUUGAUGUCACAUGGCAGUGAGAGGAAGAGAAGAUAAAGACACACAAGAAUACUUUCUUUCCUUAAAUCAUGUUAAAAGUGCUCAUUUUUGCCUCCGUCCUUCUCUCUGCCUGCAGCAUUUCCAUCAUGUAGGAUCACGUAAGCAUCAUUCCCACUCACCGCUGUGUGUGCCACACAACACAUUGUCACACUGGCCCUUACUGCACUGAAGGCUCACUUUUUGCACACUGACGACCCAGUACUUUAAUAGUUGUAUGUAUUUGUGUUAAACAUCACCAUUAAUACGGGUACUGGACUAUAUUUUUAAGGAGACUAGAAUUAAACACAUCAAAUUUGCCACCAGACAGUAGGGGGUGCUGUUGUACUGUAGUCGCUCUCUUUUCUGCUCAAUUUCUGAAUAUUGUAGGGACGAGUCACAGGAUUUGUAGGACCACACCGAGACGAAAAACUACUUCUGAAGCUUGUUGUCUCAUUUAGAAUAAGUGAAGUUUUUUUUUUUUUUUCAAAGUGGUGUUAUGUGACGCUUGCCUUUGCACUCUGUUUUAGAACUUAAUUUAAGACUAAAUUCUCUUAAAAUCCGAAUUCAUAUUAGCAUUUAUUCAUAGAAAAAUACACAUUUUUCUUUCUCAUAUAAUUAGGAAGUUUUUCAUCUACAAAAAUUCAAUCCCAUAUUGUGAUUUUUAUUAAUUACUGUUUUUCUCCUGCAAAUUAAUGCAUGUCGAGUUUUUUUCUCAUCUUCUGACUUUCUUUGAAAAUAAACAAAUAUCCUUAUAAUAUAGCAUCUUUAGUCGUUUUUAAAAAAUCUUACAGACAAAAAAAUGUAAUUCUCAAAUAGUCAAUAUAGAAUUCUCACUUUGGUUGUGUAAAAUUCAGAUUUUCUUCCAGUAUUGUAGCUCUGUUCUGUUCUUAUACAUGAUUGCAAAUUAAAAAAUAAAAUUGAAGACCUUUUUACUUGUAAUGUAACACUGCGUUUCAAUUGAACUUUGAUCCUCAGAGUGACAGUGUCAUGUGUGGUGCAUCAACAAGCUACAGCUUCCAUCAUCAUAUCUGUAGAUAUGUAUUGUAAAUGUAAUUUAUAAUAACAAUGCUGAUGUAAUGUUUAUUUCUAAUAUGCUAAUUGACCGUUUAAUCUGCUGUUUAGCCGUAAAGUAUUUGUUUGCUCUGACCAGUAACUAGUAGUGGCUGAUGUUCUGAUGUAGACUUUUAGUAGGCUUUGGUAUUACAGCUUCAACAAGUAUUUUUGUACCCCCUCUUUGACUUUCGGAUUCUUUUUUGAUUCUUUUAAGUUCUCAGUAAUCUUUUAACUGUAUGUUUCCUUGUUAUUCAGUGGCUCUUGUGUUCUAUUUAGUAUUUAAUGGUUGGUUGUUUUUUAAACUACUACUUGCUGUUGUACAUUAUUUCAAGUGUAUUUUGCUUUAUCUUGUACAUACUAAAAAAAACUGUAAUGCCAUCCAGCUUGCACACAGGGUCACCACGCGCACACUCAAAAACACCAUACUGUCUAAUAUUGACACCGUCACCAUCAGUGGUCUUAUUAUUAUCAAUAAACUGACAAAAUGGAA